UGUAAUACCAAGGUUUCAUACGGCUGUGCUUCUGUGAUAUACCGAAAUUGAAAUAUAUAUCGAUAUUUAAGCAACUCUUAGAUUCAGAGUGUUCAGUGUCCCUGUGUCCAACUGUCCACCAAAGGAUUGUUCUAUGAGUUCUGCGAGGAAAGUGUAUUGAAAUCAUUUGGAAAAGAGGCUGCGGCCUUCGGGGGCACAAUUAAGUUCAUAAUACGAUCAUUUAAUUCAUUAAUUUCAUCUGAUUUUCCAUUCAUCUUCAAAUAUGACCCGUGGAAAUCAACGAGAACUCGCCCGACAGAAGAAUCAGAAGAAACUACAGGACGUCAAAAAUAAAAAUAAAGAUGGUCUCACAUUGGAACAACGAAAAUUCAGAGAUGCAGAAGUGAUGAGGGAAAAACAGAAAAAGAAGGAAGAAGAGCAGCAAGCACGAUCUUGUAAGUGAAAAACACACCACAAAACAUUUUGUAUCAAUUAAUGUAACUCAAUUGUAAUUAAUAAAUCAUUUUUUUCAUAAAUUCUGUUUGUAAGAUCACCCAAGUCUGUUGAAUAUGUAAUAUAGAUUACCA